CCAAGCUGCCAGCCAGACGACACAAAGUGCUUCAUCACAACCGCCCAAUACACCGUCCUCGGCUCCGUCGUCUCAAACAACGCAAACUCCUCCGACCCGGGUGCUUCUCCAGCAAAGUACAACGCAACUAUCCAGAUCAACUGUGUCUACGCCUCCUUCGGUUCCAACAAGGGCACCGGCGCAAACUUCCUCAACCAGCAGGUCACCGUCACCGGCUUCGGAACACCCAACGCCAUCUGCCCCCGCAACCUAGGAGUCACCGCCAACCCCAACGACAAGGCCAUCUUCUUCAUCUCCGUCGCCAACGGCGUCCCACAGGGCGGGAUCCCAAUCUUCUCCGUCUUCAACCCCUGUGCCACCAGCGUGCCUUUCACCGCCGACAACAUGCAGCUGUUGGCCGAUACGCUCUCCGCUUACCCGCAGAACGUCAUCCCAGGGUCCACGCAGUGUGCUCUCCCCCCGUCCCGUGUCGCUACCCCGACCGCUGCGACCGGUGCCGGUGGUGCCGCGGCGCCGACCAACACCAACCCGCUGGCGGCUGGCAACACUGCCCCGUCUAACAGCGGUGCCGUUUCGGCGACGCUCUCUGCUGCUGCCGGUUUGUUUGCUGCCUUGAGCGGUGCUGUCACUGUCCUCCUCGCUUAG